UCCAUAUUUUCUUGUUUCUGAAUUGAGUUCAUUCAAUUAUUUCUUUAGUUGAAUACGUUAUUUUAAAUAAAAUAAUGAUGUGCAUAAAUCAUACAAUCACUUACAUGCAUAUUAUUUAGUAUUUCCUUUUUUUAAAUAAUUGUACAAUUCGCUAAUCAAAGUAUUAAACAUUUUUGGUAAUUUAAAUAAUAAUUUUUUUUUUAAAAUAUGGACGAAGACUGUUCAGUGCUUCAAGAAGAAGAAAGAGAAGCUUUGCUUUCUAUUUAUGAUGGCGAUGAAGCUUUUAAACAAGUAUCUCCUACCAUUUAUCAAUACAAGUAUGGAGAAGAUAGCGACAAUAAAUCCUUUCUAUUGGAGGUUGAAUGGCACAACAAUUAUCCAAAUGAAGCGCCUAAAAUAAAUUUAGAUAUGUUCUACAAUAAACACAUAGUAAGUUCAGUUAAAGAAAAUAUUAAAGAUAAAAUUUCAAAAGAGGCUGACCAUUAUUUGGGAGAAUCUAUGACAUUUACUCUUUUUGAAUUUCUUAAAGAUUUUGCUGUAGAACUUGUAGCUGAUCAACCAGAUAAAGAAAUUAAUGAAAGUAUAACUAAACUUUCGAUAGAUAAUGAUGAAGAAUCUUCAAAAAAGACAACAAAGAAAGAAACUAUGAGCAAAGCUCAAAAGAGAAAACAAUGGGAUCGUUUAGAUUCUAAAGGAGAAAAACCACGAGGAUAUGAUUGGAUAGAUGUUGUUAAACAUUUGUCACAAACAGGAUCAUCCAAGAACGAAGAGAAUUGAGUUUUAUCAAUGAAAAUUUAUUCUUGGGACAAAUUAAAUGACCUAAUACAUUAGCAUGAAAGUAUGCUUUUAAAAUAUUUUCAGUGUUGAUAUUUUUAUCUAACACUACACGUAUGAUGUCUUUAUGUGUAUCCACAAUUAAUAUAUAAAGAUAAUCUUUAUACAUUUCAA